ACUAAUUUAUCCAACUAUAAAAAUAAAAGGUUAGUCAUAUCCUUAUAUAUUUGAAAACUCUUUCCUAGCUUCUGCCAAUUUCAACACACUCAAGCUUAGCAACAUUCUAGCUCCAACAAAAAAAACAGAGAAAAAUGGCUUUCAUGAUUCCUAGAGCUGAAUCAGGGACUGAGAAGGUUAGCCUUGAUCACCACCAGGAAGACAAGAACUCUACGACAGAGAGUGCAAUCUCAAGCGAGCUCCACUUGAAAUCGUCCUUGUCGUCCAAAUCCUCGUCUCAAACCCUGGACAAAGAAGUAGUCCUACAACGCAUUCGUCACCACAAGUCCAUAAACAGAAUCAAAAGUGCUUUUGAAGGUCUUCGUGGGUGCUCAGCUUCAGCCCAAGAACAGAAGUGGCUACAACAAGAUGAUGUUUUUUCUUCACCUUAAAUUUAAGCUGACCACCAAGCAUAGUUUUUCAGAUAUGAGCAAUAUCCCUGCCUAUAUGGAAAUUGCCUUAUUGCUGAAUGGCUUUUAAUGUUAUUUUUCAAUUUACAUAUUCAAUAUAUAUGAUAAUUCUUCUUCAAAAAAAAUAUAUAUGAUAAUUCUACAAUCGGAAUAUGUAUCAUCA